GAAACAUAAAUCACAUGUGUGGCAUUAGGCUGACUCAUGCAUGCAUUAAACUUGUGCUCUUAUCUUUCUGCCUCCGCCGCCACCUUUAUCCUACGUGUUCUCGAUCUCUUCAUAUCUAUCUAUCCUCUAGCUAUCUGCCACGUCAUCUCUUCCUUUCCCUGUUAAAUACCCCAAAAAUCUCCUCUCUUCUUCUUCUACUCUUUAAACUUUUACGAAAAAAAAACAAACCCAAGAAUAAUAAAACCCUAUAUUUCGGUGAUGGAGGUUCCGGUUAUUAACAGAAUUAGCGAUUUUGACGUGGGGAUAAACUCCAUAAACGACCCUUCGUCUUUAUCUCGGCCCUUCGCCGUCUCCGGCGUCGGAAAGUUACAUCACGCUUAUAGUUUCUGGAAAUGGACCGCUUUGUUGCUAAUUGCUUUUUUGGCUACGUUCACCACGUUAAUUACUAGAAUCAAGAGCUUAGUCCUUAGGUUAAGAAAUGUAGACGUCUCUCUACCUUCCCAAACUCUUCUCUAUGAUUACAACAGCGAUUCCGAUUCCUCUUGCUCGUCAAACUCUUCCGACGACGAAGAAGACGAAGAUUAUGACGAUGAUAAAGAAGAUGACGACUCAGUACGCGUUAAGAGAUCUGGUUAUUAUUACCAGGACAAUGAUGAGAAGGGUAUAAAUGGAAAUAUCCCCUGGAUGCGCCGGUGCAGUGGUAGCUUCAAGGACUUGUUGUCCUGGUCAGAUCUUGGUGGUCUUGGCUCAAGCGGAGUCGUGAAACUAUGGAACAUCAACGGAGAAAGAGGCCACGCUUCUUUCUUCGACAAAUGCAGAGCUUCUUCGUCGUUAUUGUCGCCGGCGGUUUUAUUAGCGGCGGAGAAGAAAGGAUACGACGACGUGGAAGUGAGUGCGUGGGAUGCACGUGCCGGCUUUGUGAUGCCGGCUUUGCUCGCGGAAUGGUCGCAACCGGGGAAGACCGUAAAAGUCAACGCCGGUGACUUGAAGAAGAUCUAUGUUGGGGAUGACGUCGGCGGGGAGAUCACGGUGGGAGACAUGAGGAUGUUUAACGGUGCGUUGACGGAAUCAGACGGUGUUACAAUGUUGAGACGUAGACGCCGUCAUUGAGUCUGACGGUUUUGAGUUGGGGAGAUUUAUUAUUGAUGACGCAAAUGAUUGGCGUGAUCCGUUCGUCUCUAUUAAAGACGAAAGAUUCAACGCAAAAUGUAAAUGACCAACUACAUUCUUUUGUUGUAAAUAUUUUGUCUGUCUUGUAUUUUUAUUUUUUUCUUUUUCUUU